GUAAAAAUGGCAGCUCGCAAGAAAAUAGAGCUCUUCAUUGAUAUACACAAUGAAAAGGAAUUCGAGAACGUACUGACAUCAAAUCCAGAUAGGCUUAUAUGUGCAGAGGUGUACAACACUUGUUUCGGCUCUUGUACAGCGCUGGAUCGGCUGUUCACCAUCAUCAAAUUGGACUGGAGCGACGGUCAAAUGAUAUUACUUAAGGUGCCGGCAGAAGAAAUCGAAGCGUUGCAGAGAUUCCGCUACCAAAGCGAACCAGUUUAUUUGUUUAUUAAGAAUCUGAAGGUAACGAAGGUUUUGAGAGGUGUAGACGCCAUCAGGAUGGCUGAAGUGGCAAAGGCGGAGCUGAACUACCACAAAAUGGAGCUGAGUAGUGCUGCGACUGACAGGUCCACCUACGACCUGAGCCAGCCGACGCCGGAUGAAAUGGAGUGGAUGACUAAAAGAUCUGUCGAGAAGAAGCUAGAAGCCUUAACGUUGGCCAGCCGACGGGCGGCGCGGCAGGCGGCCCGCAAGCGGCACCGCGCGGAACUGAUGGUGCCGCGCUUAAGACAUCUGAACUUCGUACUGUUCUGGCCACAUGCCACCAAUGCGCACCCGGAGCUUUACGAGCGAUGGGAUUUGAACAACAUCGUGAUGGUCGGUCGGGAAGUGUUACAGCUGACCAAGGCAACGGCCGAGGACAUACUGUACGCGGGAGAUGCUCCCAUCAACGAAGCCUCAAUGCAUGUGCUCUUGUCUGCACCAGCCUUAGCCAUAUGUUUCCGGUUACUUGAUACCGACAAGCAUUUUGUAUGUCAUUAUCCAUCUAGGAAGUUUGCACAUUUGAUGAAGAAAGCUAAUUCUCCCAAUUGUGAAGUAUGUACAAAGUGGACGAUGUCCAACACAUUUUGAUGGAAUGUGUGAAGAACAGAAGAGAGAAAGAGCUAUUCAUACAACAACAUCAACUUAAUUUUGUAAUUAUAGAUUCGUUUGUGGAAAUAUUAGCACUACCAAACUCAGAUGCAGCAAAGUCGAUGUUUGAUAUGGUUUUCGCUAGUAAGAAUAGCUCGCCCUCUCCAAUGUUUUAGAUUAAAUUAG